AUGGUUUCAAACAAUGCUGUUCCGAUGAAGUUAGAAAGUUCUGACAGAAGAUAUGUAGUUGUCAGAACGUCAGAAGCUCAUAUGCAAGAUACAGAAUAUUUUGACGACUUAGCAGAAACUUUGACAUCUGACUUUUACAACCACUUGUUCUCAUAUUUCAUGACAUUAGAUAUUUCAAAGUUCAAUCCAAGACAAAUUCCACAUACCGAAGAGAGACAAACAUUGUUAGAAGCAAACAAGAGUGUAUAUGAACUGUUCAUAGAAGAAAGCGACUUUGAGUGUUUAGAUGAAAGGUCAUUGUACGAUUCGUAUAAACAAUAUUGUCAAGAGUAUGGUUAUAUGCCAGCGUCUAAACGAACAUUCUUGGCAAAUGUCAAAAGUCUUUUAGAUGUUCAGAAUGGUGUAUAUACAAAGAAAAAUUUUUCUGAGUAA